UUGUUUAUUAAAACAAAUACAUUUAUUUUAAUCGCCGACGUGGAACAAUUCAGUCGAACAACGAUCGGCUCCGAAUCUGCCAGGAGGAAACGAGCUUCGUUAUCGUUGGUGUAUGAAGAAUAACAGAAAGGCUCACAGAUGGCAGUGAGUGUACAGUUACACUGUUAAGGGCAGGAUCAGCAAAAUAGGUUUAGUCAUUCUUGGCCUUUGAGUGACCCCUGUGUGGGAGGGGGCAGAGACAGAAAAGACAUAUAAGAAAUAAAGCAAGGGGGGGAAAAGGAAGACGGAAAUGAAAACAGAGUGAGGGGCAGCGAGGGGAGGGAGAGAGCUGGAGGAUAACAGAAAGGGAGAAAACAGACACGGGAGAGAGAGAGACAUGUACUGUAGAGCUCCUGGAAACAGAAGGAGGGAGGGGGAUUGUUUCGCCGUCCCUCUUCUCUCCCUCUGGCUUUAAAAAGUGAAACAACUCUUUGAAGAGAGGAGGUGGAGUUGUGGGGGGGGGGGGGGGGGCACAGUGCUGCACCUUCACCAUCCUGUCUGGACUGUCAGAGGAGUAUAUAAUGCACGGACGCGGACCUGAAUCCCAGACGCAACGCGGAGCUGCAAACGGACAACCAGCCGAGGACCCGACGCCACGACGACCAUGAACGACGUCAAGCUGGCCCUGCUGGGGAGCCAGGGGGCCGGCAAGUCAGCUGUCCUUGUGCGAUUCUUGACCAGACGCUUUAUUGGUGAAUACGCCUCGAAUGCAAACUCUUUGUACCAUAAGAGGCUGUCGAUCGACGGCAGGCAGCUGAACCUCGAAGUGUUUGACCCCUGCUCUCAGCAGAGCUCCGAGGCCCGGUGCAUCCUGGAGGAGCCGGUGGACUGGGCAGACGGUUUUGUGGUGGUGUACAACAUCAGUGACCGCUCUUCCUUCAUCAACGCCAAAAGCAUCCUGCGGCAGAUCCGGGAGGCGCGCACCGACAGCUGCAAAGGGGACUCGGACGUUCCCGUGUGCCUGGUGGGUAACAAGCAGGACCUGUGCCACGUCCGGCAGGUGCGAGAGGACGAAGGCCGCAGCCUGGCGCAGGAAACCCGCUGCCACUUCCAGGAGGUGUCGGCGGCUGAGAGCUACCAGGACAUCGCCGGCCUCUUCACCCGGCUCAUCCGGCAGGUGAUGGAGCACCUGAAGUACCGAGCCGACCGCCGGCGCUACAGCGGCUCCAAGUCCAUGGCCAAGCUCAUCAACAACGUGUUUGGCAAGAGGAGGAAAUCAGUGUGAUGAUCCCAGUUGGAGUAUGAGAUGACAACAAAGUCAAGCUGGGUGAACUGGGAGGUUGCUUCUUUUUUCUUCUUCUUCUUCUUUUCCAACAAAGCCAUAGUCGAGGCAAGCAGCAGAGCUUCGUGUUCGGUCAGUACCGUUGAAACGUACUCUUGAACAUUUCCACUUAUCACGUUACGGCCACGACUUUAAUCUACUUUCUUGGGAUUUUGUGUAUUAGACACAUAAAGUGGUGCGCAACUGUAAAAUGAAGCUUGGUUUAUGAAUAUUUUUUGCAAAUGAAACCUCCUCUUUGGCAAAACUUAGGUUUAGUCAGAGAUUUUCAAUUGGAUUUAGCUGUAGACAUUGACUAGGCCACAGGAGCACCUGAAUAUGCUUUGAUCUAAAGCAAGACAGCAGCAAUGUCAUAAUUACAAAUUACAAAUGUCAACAUUUCUAUUUUUUUUUUUUUUUUUUUUUUUGCUAAUGUUGAAAAAACAAUCUUGCAAUUGUGGUAUUUCCGUCAAAAAUAAAAAAACGCGUUUAAAAUCACAUGUGAAUAAUUAUGUUCACGCGAUAAGUCAAUUAAAACGCACGCCUCGCCAUCAUCCUGCUACCACUUCCUGUUGUCUUUUUCCACCAGUGGUAAAAUCUGGUUGUUGAUCACAUUUUGAUACAGCCGAAAAAACCUCGCCUCAUACUAGAGCAAAAACGUUUUAAGGCUUUUCGAGGUUUUUUUCCAAAUUGCCAUGUUUCCAUUGAGUGAAUUCCAUUUUAUGGUCACUAGUGUCGCACAAUGUAGAUGGUGUGUUAGUUCUCAGACACACAUUGAAGCCAAAAAGUUGAACUUUGGUCUCAUCUGACCGGAGCGCUUUUGAACAUUUUCUUUCUCCUUGGUCCUUUUGUUUUACAGCCCACAUUUACAGAGCGUACAAUCCCUCCAGAGUUACAGAAUAACUGAACCUGGGAAAAGAUGAAAUUACAAACAGGGGAGCUCUGUGUACCACUUAGGUGACUCCUGAUGGCGGUUGAUUGGAUGGACUUUAUUAAGGGGUAUUAUUGUAAAUGAGGAUGAGUCCGAAACACACUGUCAUUUUGUUUUUGUGAACAAAUUUGAAUGAUCCUGCAUACUUUUUCUCACUUCUCAUUUAUUAAUUUUUUUCUGUUGGACAAUCACAAACACAGCUGCUUGUUCAAAGGCACUUUAUAAUAAGAAACAUGAAUGGCUGACUGCAAGCAGUGAUGGGCACCGCUAACUAAAAUGUUGCGCUAACCACAAAGCGCUAAUCAUAAAAGUUAGAUCUGCUAGUUCUAUACCAACAUGGUAUUUAUCAGAAGCUAAUAUAAAAUGCAAAAUUCAAACAUGUUAGUACCAGCCAUGUGUCUAUGACAAAGCACGUGUCACAACAAAUAAUAUAAGAUUUGAUCAUUUGAAGAAUUCCUGCAGAAUUCUCAACUUCAACGGAGGCGUCAAACUUUAUUCAACUGAAAGUUUACCAAACAGCAAAGUAAAUAAGUGCUUCAGAGUUUAUGUGAAAAAAUGUAUUUAGCUAAGCUAACGACGCUAAACAUUUUCAAAGUUAACAAAAAUGCUAAAGCCCUAAUAAAACAAUUUGCUCUGCUAUCAGCAUGCUAGCAGAUUAGCAGAAGUGUGCCCACGACUGACUGUGAGUAGCAAUUAGUGUGUAUAGAAAUCUAGUGACAAAACUCUAUAGAUCUGCUUCCAAUUUAGGCCACUUAUGUAAGCCCCCUAGCAAGUUGCUUUAAGUUAAAAAAUAUUUACAAAUCUAGUUUAGAAAACAAUCCUGCAAUAAGCACUUUUUCUGCCCAAGUUUUCUUGUUAUAAAUCCAACUAUUGUGCCUAUCUUAACUGCUUUUUCCAAAAAUCAAACUGAUACGUAGAGAAGAAACAAACACCUGCACACAUAAAACAUGCAUGUGCAGAGGGCGUUCAUCAAACAAUCAGAGGUUUAUUGAUUAGGACCUGAAGGAUCUAUAGAGCAGAUGGUUGCACAAAAAGAGGCAAUAACUCAAACGUUUCCUUUCUCAAAUUGAAAUGCUUCAAUUUGCUUUUUUCUUUCACUCAGAACACAGUUCUUGUUGUAGCUUGAGGCAGUUUUACAACACGACAACAUCUAUGAUAAAUGAUAAGUGGUUGAAAAGCCAACAAUAGAAAAAUGUCCAAGUCUGGCCAACUCUUAAAUUAUGUUUUUGCUCCAGAUAGGACGGAGACGACAGCCAGCUAACGCUGCAGCUUGCCAAAUGUAAAAAAAAAACCCUCUAAGUUUGUAGCCAUUGUGCACUGCUGGCGGCUGUCCUGUAUUAUAACUCUUCUUCUGGUAUAUCAGGGCAUUUCCUGCAUGGUUUCCCUGUACUAACCUUACUUCUUUUGUAAUUUUUCUUAAAUGAAUAUUCAGAUUUGGGCUGAAACCUGAACAAAAUUUAAAGACCAGAGUGUCGGUGUGAGAUUGUAUGCAUUUCCUGUCUGGAUUAAACUUUUGAGAUGCUAGUAGAGAACACCUUGUCAUUUAGAAACUUUAGCAACGCUGUGAACUGUUAGCCAAGUGUCGUUACUGAAAAAUAUAUAUGAUGGACAUCAUGUAAAGGGUUAUAAACAUACUUUCGUUGUAAUGCUACUCCUGGAAAGCUGUAGUGUUGACUACAAUUGGGUAAAAUAUGUUUUAUGUUGUCAUAUCAUGUAGUGUUUCAUUCCGCGAUGCAGCAGUGCCAAAUGCCAUCUUUUACUGAAUAAAAUUGGACUCAAGAUUCAUGUAGAAAUAUAUUUUCUCAAAAUAAAUUUUUUUCUCAACAACCAUUAACCAUAAGAGUGGCCAACAGAAAUCAUCAACCCUCCACCACCAUGCUUUACAGUUGGUAUUAGGUACUUUAGGUGACAUUUUGUGUUUAUUAUUCACCAAACAAAUCACUACCAUACAGCUCUGUUUGGUAUCAAUACCGGAGUUUCUCCAUUGUGGGACAAAAAAUUAAUUUCUAAUUCUAAUCCCUGAUUUCCAAACAUAUUAGCUUCUGACCCACAAAAUAAAGGAAAAUGCUAAGCAGCUCAUUU